CUCAAACACGUAAUCACCUUUAUUAAUUAUUGUUUUUUUUUGUAGAUUGUGAGUUACACAAUAUUGAUUAGAUUACAUAAGUGAUCACAUGCCGUCGCGCCUACUGUGUGAAUACAUAUAAUAUAAUGACACGGACAUCGUAUUUUGUCCGAUACCGUACGUCGUCACGUGAGCAUCGGCGUGUGCAAAAAAUAUCUCAUUAAGUUGUUUAAUUAGUCAAAUAGUAAAAAAAUGUGUCGUUUUUUUCAUUAAUAAGUGCACGAGUCGCUUAUUAUACUAUUGUAUUUCACUGGAUUUGUCAUAUGGCUCUAAUUAGCAAGCGAUAAUUAGUUUUAUUAUUAUAUUAUAUCUCGCGUGCGAAUCACAACCAUUUUGUAUACAGUGUGCGUAAAUUACCACUCACAACACUGUAUUUUUCUAUAAUUAUUUUUAUUAUUAUUCCAGCUGGCUAGUCUGCGAUCCACAAAUUGUAUGUCCACUGUUCACGUCAUAUAUUAUAUAAUAUUAUAUAAUUCAUUUCGACGAAUUAUAAUAUAGCUAAUUAUAUCGGACCAAAUAUGACGUCGGUAAUAAAAUGGGUGUUUGUACUUUUUUUGGCGGCUGUUACCGCCGGAUUGGAUAUGGUUCCAGAAGACGAAAAGCAUUCAGAAAUUGCCAAUUCGAGUAUAAUGGCAGAUAAACCAUGGGAAUCUACACAUCGGUUAUCCCCGUACGUUCGCCCACAGCAGUACUUCAUUAAUUUGUACCCAAAUCUUCAACAAGGUUCAUUUGUUGGUUCAGUUAAUAUAACAAUAAUAUUGGACACUGCUCAAAGUUACAUCAAGCUACAUUCAAAAGAAUUGAAUAUCACAGAAACUAAACUCAAUUCUAGUUCUGUAACAGCGUUUCCAUAUCCAGAAAAUGAAUUUUUGGUAGUGGUGCCUAAUGAAGAACUAAGUGCUGGGGAAUACGAAUUACAAAUAUCAUUUGAAGGUAGUUUAUUAGGCAAACCAAUUGGAUUUUAUCGAAGCAGUUAUAAUGAUUCAAAGAGCCAUGAAGAACAUUAUAUUGCUAGUUCAAAGUUUGAACCAACUUUUGCGCGGUUAGCGUUUCCAUGUUUUGAUGAGCCUCAACUGAAAUCAAAAUUUAAAAUUAGUUUAACUCGACCAUCUGGUAAUAACUAUAUAGCAUUAUCCAAUAUGAACCAAGAGUCUGAAGAGAUCAAUGUCCCUACAAAUGGACUGACAACUGUCCAUUUUGCUAAUACUGUCCCAAUGUCUACGUAUCUGGCUUGUUUUAUUGUGUGUGAUUUUCAAUCACUUGAACCUGUAAAAGCAGAUCAAGGAUUUCCGUUAACAGUUUAUGCCAAAAGUGGUGAAACCGAAAAUAUGAAAUAUGCUCAACAAGUAGGAAUAAAGGCAAUUAAUUAUUACGUCAAUUAUUUUGGCAUUCAAUACCAACUACCAAAAUUAGAUCUGAUACCAAUCCCAGAUUUUAUUUCUGGAGCAAUGGAAAAUUGGGGUCUUGUGACAUUUCAUGAAACGAGAGUUUUGUAUAAUAAAAGUACUACUUCUAUUAAUGACCAAGAGAUGAUCGCAUUUACUGUUGCUCAUGAAUUGGCUCAUAUGUGGUUUGGAAAUCUUGUUACUAUGAAAUGGUGGAACGACUUAUGGCUUAACGAAGGGUUUGCCACUUACAUGAAAUAUAAAGCUACCCAAGUUGUCCACCCUGAUUGGGAUGUUGACACAUCAUUUCUAACUCAUAGUCUCCAUUUUGUACAAGAUGAAGAUAGUAGUUUUAGUUCUCGUGCUAUAGUGCCAAAUGCUACUAAUCUCCAAAGAAUAUCCACUAUGUUUAAUAGCAUAUCAUAUUCUAAGGGUUCUUCUGUAAUACGAAUGUUGGAAGGAAUAUUGGGUAAAGAAGUCUUCAGAAUUGGAGUGAGCGCAUAUUUAAAACGUUUUGCAUUUAAAAAUGCUGAAACUGAUGAUUUAUGGACAGAAUUACAAACGGUGGCUCAAAAUACAGUCAAUGUUAAAAAAGUUAUGGACACGUGGACACGUCAAGCAGGAUUCCCAGUAGUAUCGGCAAUACGGAAUGGAACUAAACUAACUUUAAAGCAGCAACGAUUUUUGUCCAACCCAAAUACUGAUUCGUCAAAUGACUCAACUCCAUAUAAUUAUAAAUGGGAAAUACCAAUCACUUAUACCACUUCAACUAAUAAUACUGUACAUAAGGUUUGGUUAUCCAAAGACGAGGAUUCAAUUACUAUUGACAUACCUGAUUCUGAAUGGAUAAAACUAAAUCACAGACAAGUUGGAUAUUACAUCAUAAACUAUUCUGAGAGUGAUUGGUGUUCACUUAACAAUUUAUUAGAAAAAAAUGUUGAUGCUUUAAGUGCAGCUGACCGUUCAAAUCUUAUUCAUGAUGCCUUUAGUUUGGCAAAAGCUAAUUACUUACCGUAUGGAAUUGCCUUAAACAUGACAAAAUAUUUAUCCAAGGAACAUCAUUAUGUUCCUUGGGAUGUAGCUGCUACUAACUUACAGACAUUAAGUGAACAUUUAUAUCAACGCCCGGCACAUAAAAACCUUGAAAGAUAUAUACAACAUUUAUUAGAAAGUAUAACAAAAGAUUUAUGGAACGAUUCAAGUGAUCGAAACUUAUUACAACGUAAGCUUCGAGCAGUCAUUUUCAAAUUAGGAUGUGCAAAUGGGUUACCAAGUUGUCAAACAAAAGCAUAUGAAUUAUUCAAACGAUUUUUGAAUGAUAAAGUCCGACCACAUCCUGAUAUUAGAUAUACAGUUUAUUAUUAUGGAAUGUCUAUGGGAAAUGAUAGUGAAUGGAAUAGACUGUGGGACAUAUUCUUAAAUGAACAAGACCCUCAGGAAAAAGAGAAAUUUAGGGAUGCAUUAACAGCUUCAAAAGAAACAUCAAUAUUAAAUAGACUAUUGCAACAUACAAAAAAUGAGAGCCGUCUUAGUUCCCGAGAUCAUUUCAAAAUCAUAUCACAGAUAAACCUUAAUCCUAUUGGAAAUCAAAUCGUAUGGGACUUUUUGAGGGAUAAUUUGAAGUACUUGGUUGAUCGUUAUUCUCAUGAUAAAUGGCAACUUGAAAAACUCAUGUAUUCAGUUUGUUCUCGUUUCAAUACACAAGAACGUAUCGGAGAAAUGAACAUAUUUUUUGAUAAACAUCCAGAAGCUGUAGAUGGAAUUGACGUACGAAAAUCUGCACUAGAAGCUGUAUCUAAUAACAUUAAAUGGUUAGAAAAACACGAAGCUGUUAUUAGUAAUUGGUUUAUUAAUGUCAUCUAAUUUUAAAAAUUCAUCAAUUGACUGUCAAUAUUUGAAAUAUCAAUAGUUUAAUUUAUAGGGCUGGAUUUUUUUUUACUACAAUGUUAAUUUUAAUUUUUAUAUAACGUUAAUAGUUGUUUAUUUCGUUUAUUAAUAAUUCAUGUUUGUACAAUAAAAUUGCAAUAUAUUAAUAAUAUACAGUGAAA